AUGACCUUUAAUGGCAGCAGCAUUAUCGAUUACUUCAUCAGCACGACAGAGCUACCUUACCCACAGCUACUAAUCAGAGGCGACUUAUCGCUUGACUCCUACUAUAAGUUUAUGACACUCUCCUUUCAAGUGGCAACACCACCCCCGAGAUCCAAUGCACCCAGAUGA